AUGCAGGCAUUUGACAUCCUCCACAAUCCGCACGGAAACGUAGGCCUUCAGAAUGCCGUACACAGCGUCAGUGCGCCGGACGGACCGUUGCAGGAAAAGCUCUGGGUCGGCAUACUCGGCACCGCGACCGACGGGUUUGACGACGAGCUCAAGGGGGAAGUUGAUCUGCGCAUGCGUGAGGAGAGCGAGAGUGCCGUUGUCUGGCUCGGAGACGACGAGUUUGAUAAGUACUAUCACGAGUUUUGCAAGCGGGUCCUCUGGCCAAGCUUGCACUACGCCGUCCCAGAUGCACCGAGGACAAAAGUGUUCUAUUCCUCCACAUCGUAUGCACAGUAUAAAGCCGUGAACCAAAAGUUUGCCGAAGUGAUCGUGAGCAACUACAAGCCUGGCGAUAUUAUAUGGAUAAAUGACUACCACCUGUUCCUCGUCCCCCAGCUCGUGCGUGCUCAACUCCCAGACGCACCCAUAGGCUACUUCCAUCACGUCGCCUUCCCCUCAUCCGAGAUCUUCCGCUGCCUCUCCGUGCGCGAAGAGCUCCUCCGCGGCAUACUUGGUGCCGACCUCGUCGGUUUCCAGACCCACAACUUUGCCCGCCAUUUCCGGCAGACCGUCACCCGGAUUCUGCAAGCUGAGGGCGUGCCAAAAGGCAUCCAGCUCGACGGCGCCCACUUUGUCGAUGUCUCCGUCUUUCCUAUCGGUAUUGAUGUCAAAGCCUUCGAGGAGAAAAAGCGCGAUCCAGAAGUGCUCGAGUACUGCUCCAUGCUUGCUGAGCGCUAUGCAGGCUUGAAACUUAUCGUCGGCAGGGACAAGCUCGACUUUGUCUCCGGUGUCAGACAGAAACUCCUUGCCUUCGAAGAGUUCCUCGACAAGCACCCCGAGUGGCAGGGAAAGGUCGUACUUAUCCAAGUCGCCCUCAGCACGACAGAAGAAAAUGAGCAGGAAGGCCACGUAUCGGAGAUCGUCACCCGUAUCAGCAGCCGCUUCUCAACUUUGACAUAUCAACCCGUCGUCUUCCUCCACACCGAGGAGCUCACGUUCUCCCAAUACUUGGCGCUCUGUACCAUGGCGGACGUGUUCCUUGUCACCAGUCUGAGGGAGGGAAUGGCCCUCCGCUCGCAUGAGUUUGUCGAGUGCCAGACAGAGCGUAAACGACCUCUAGUCUUGAGCGAGUUCACAGGCACAUACAGCUACAGCGGAUUCCGCUCCUGUAUCGCUAUCAAUCCCUGGGACUACCGCGAAUCCGCGCGUGCGAUCUACACAGCGCUCACGAUGCCUGACUCGGAAGCCGCUUCCCGUUGGGAGGACCUGCACAAACACGUGAUCACCCAGACCGCCCAGAGCUGGGCCACCUCCCUCGUCUCCCGGUGCGAGAGAGUGCAUGAGGAGCACCGACGCAGGCCUGUUGAGUCCAUCCCAGAGCUGAACGUGGCGCAAGUCAGAGGGGCGUACAACAUCGCCCGAGACAGGCUGAUCCUGCUCGACCUGGAAGGGACGUUGUGGCACGUCUCCAAUGCGUACCUUAUCCAUACCGAGGGCUUUUCCCCGCCCAAAGAGAUGCUCGAGCUGUUGGAAAAGGUCACGCGCGAUGAGAGGAACAGGGUGUACGUGCUCAGUGGGAGGGGCACAGCAGAUUUGGAGGCUAUCGGGAAUCGCGUGCCUCGCUUGGGCCUAUGCGCGGAAAACGGCUGUUUCGUCCGUCCUCCCGGAGAGAAACAGUGGAGGGAUAUGGUCCCUGGGUUUAACAAGGACUGGCAGGGACCCUGUGUGGAGAUCUUGCAAUAUUUCGCCGAACGCACCCCACACAGCUUCAUAGAGAAACGCGGCGCGUCUGUACUCUGGCGUUACUACACUGGUGACCUGUCCGAUACAGCGGCCCUCCAGUGGGCGCGUCGUCAAUCGGCCGAGGCUCAGAACCACAUCUUCGACAGCCUCGGUGAAAGAUUCGGUCUACGCAUCAUCCCCGGCGCAACGGCCUUCCUCGUUUUGCCCAAGAACGUGAGCCGCAGCACCGCCGUCGGGUCUAUCCUACAUAUUGGCGAAGACGAUCUAUCCGCGCCUCUUCCACAAGGGGAAAGCCUGCCCAUGUCCCCCGACCUGGAGGAAGAAGAGGAACACUUUGAUUUCAUUCUCGUCGUGAGCGGGGACGAGAGGCUUAUUCAGUGA